GGUUCAUAACUUUUAAGUUAGUCGCUUUUUUCACAAUUCUUUUUUUAUCAAAUUGAUCGCGCUCGGGCCGAUAGUUUUUGUUUUGUUAAUGGAUGUUAGUAAUUUAAAUUGUCCACACCGGUCAAACUUCCAUUCUAACUCACCGCAUUCAAAAUUCUGCCAGCUUUAUCACCCGCUUUCAUAUUCAGUGACGUCGCCAUCGUUAAUUCUCAAUUCGACAACAUGGGCCGAAAGCCCAAUCCUCUCAUCCUCGAGUUCUUCGAGCGAGGUGCUAAAUUGAAUGAUAAUAGUAACAGGUAUCAUCAUCGUUGCAAGGCCUGUGGUGAGGACUUUCCUAAAGGUCGUAUCGACAGCCUCACCACCCACCUGACUAAGAAAUGUCCUGCUAUUUCUGAAGCCGACAGACUUGAUGCUUGUCUCGCUCUACAUGGUAUCAACGGUAGAUCCAAUCGCCAUCGAUAUGAUAGUCUCUUACAUAGCAGUCCCAAUCCCGGCCCUGUCCACGGUCCUCCCCAUGGUCCCUCCCAUGGUUCCUCAAGUCUUCUAGGUCCUACAGGUCUUCAUGCCUCUGCUGCUUCUUCUGGCCCUUCAAUCGAGCAGAAUAAGAAUGCAAUCUGGACUCCUCUAGAGACACUUGCGGAGGUCUCUCGCCAAAUUGAGGCGAACGAGAAGCACGAUGAUCAUGUACCGACCACACAAGGCCCCGCCAAUGAAGUCAUUCAAACCACCUUAGCUACUGCUACUCGAGACACGGCCGGCUCAAAUCCUUUUGAGCUUCACGAGCAGUUUACUUUGGAGAAUCCACCCCUAAGCUUCGACAAUCGCCAGCAGCGAGAUAGCAAAGACGCAUCGCAGAGGCCCCAUGAUGCUUCUACCGAACUCAGCGCUGAAGAGAAAAUCCGAAAGUUCCUACACCUUGCCGGUGGAUCGCCUUCCCAAUCUGCGCUCUCCGUUGCAGCAGCCGCGACUGCACGAAUCAAUCCUUCUCUUCUCGAUCCUCAGCUCCUCACCGAAGAGGCGAUUCCCGAGGCGGCCCCCCAGCCCCAGUCUACCGAGAUGAUGAUUGAGUAUCCUCCGUCGCCCGAGAAGCAGCGAGUACCAACACCGGCACCUGCACCGGCACCGGCAACGGCACUACCGCCAGCGCCAACUCCAGCGCCAAUGCAUGUCACCAAUGAAUCUGCCACCCCUUGGGAGGGAAUGACGUACAUUCCUGAAGACAUUCAUGCCCCUGCAACGGUCAAUGAUCAUGGCCACCACUUGGCUGCAACACUGAACAGGGGCGGAUUUCGUAUGGAUACCUCCAAUGUUCUCAAUGGUGCCCGUCAACGUCAUAGUCGCGCGCGAUUUGAUUCCGGUAGACGAAAGGAAGUGCAGGAAGUUCGUCGUAUAGGCGCAUGCAUCCGAUGUCGCAUUCUGAGAAAGACAUGCUCCAGUGGCACCCCUUGUAAUACCUGUAAGAAGGUUUUGUCUCCUCGAGUCUGGCGUACCGGAUGCGUUCGAACCAAGCUUUCCGAAUAUAUCGAUCUCUACUCAGCUGGUGUGCAAGUGGUCAUGGCUCAGAAACAGAUCAACCGUUACAAGACAACUCAUCAACUUGAGAACAUUGGUGUCGAGGUUGAGGUUUCUCACUUUCCCGAAACAGGUCACAAGGCCGUCUUCCAAGUCUUGCAGGGAACUCCCAAUGAAGGCGAUGAUGGUGUUCCUGGUAAUCAUGUCCCUGGCUCAGUGGUCUUGCUCGAUAACAACAAUGAAGAUAUCCCGGGCAAGGUGGAGAACUACAUGCGCCAAGCUCUUCCUGAGCUUAUCCGCCGUGAACCAUCUCAUUACGUCCGUGUCACCUUGGAGGUGGCUGUAAUGGUUGCGAAUGAAACCAACGACGAGCUCCUCAAGAGGUCUCUAGAACUUUGGGGCAUCGUUGAGAUGAUGGAUCGAGAGCGUCAAUGGACCAUGCUAGCAAAGUCGCCUAAAGAUGAUGUUGAGGACCACUGGAUCAACGAUGAAACGGACAGUGAGGCUUAUACCAACAUUUGCAUGCAGCUUACUGCGGCCGCAGAGCGCAAGGCAUCCACUGCUAGCAAGAACCUGUUGAACGGUAUUCAACGUAACCUACAAGAUGGCAAGAUGAAGCUCGGCUUCCCCAUGUUCCUUACCGUCAUGCUCUUCCUCAAUUGUAUGGAGAAGACUACUUGGGCCUUCAAGGCAUGGGAUGAGGAGAAUCUUCGACCAAACUGGCCACUGGAAAAGCCACCGAGCAGCUUUACGAACCAGGGACAGGAACUUACUGAACUCCUGAAGAUGCUACUCGUCAUACGACACAUACUCCCCCAAACCAUUAGCCAAGAUCCGGAUGUUUCCAUCAUAGCCAACGAGAAUGACCCUACCAUCCAAGGCUAUUUCCAGCAUCUUGGUGUUACCCCUAAUUAUUUGCGCAUGCGCCUCGAACACAACAAUUUUCAACCGACGGAUUCCCGAUCUCUUGAAUUUCUAUUCUGUGCCCCCCUCCUACUCAACUAGAGGCAUUUUCUUCUGGUCUUGCACUCAAUGACAGUUGUAGGACGCAAUACAUUUUGAAGGAUUAUUAUACGACUCAUUUGCCUUUUACGGGCAUUUUCUUUUUACCUGCAGCAUUCUACGGGUUCUUCGGUAUAAAGAUAGAGAACGGCAACAGCCACGACUCACGACUAUGGAAACUCAUACGGUAUAUAUAUGUAUGACUAUGAUUACGACCACGACUAAUUUUAUUACUUACAAACACCACACCACACUACACCACACAGAUACAAAGGUUCCCCA